AUGGCUGCCGGCCUUGCGGACGACAUGGACCUAAGUUCCCUGAUUGAACAUUUCACAGCAGCUAUAUCCGAAACGGAAUCCAACACAGCUGCUUUUGGAGCCCAUAUUCUCGGCCAGAUCCGCGAUGAAGCUGAGAGCGAGUGUCCCAUCUGUGCCGAAGAGCCCAUGGUCGAGCAGACGGUCACUGGAUGUUGGCACUCUGCUUGCAAAAAGUGCCUUCUGGACUACAUGAAGCACCAAACAGAUCGGCAUAAGGUGCCGACCUGUCCCAACUGUCGAGCCGAGAUUAACUACCGCGACCUAUUCGAGGUGGUUCGCCACGACGACGACCCGGACGUAUUCAAGAAGUCCAAGAUUAGUCUACAGCGCUUGGGCGUGAACAACUCAUCGGCCAAGGUCGUGACCUUGAUCAAGGCUCUGCGUGACUUGAGGAGAGAGCAACCGCGGGUCAAGUCUGUUGUCUUUAGCCAGUUUACAUCGUUCCUGACGUUGAUUGAGCCGGCCUUGGCGAGGGCCAACAUCAAGUUCCUCCGCCUCGACGGAUCCAUGGCGCAAAAGGCUCGCGCGGCGGUCCUGACUGAGUUCCAAGAAUCAAAGACAUUCACCGUGCUGCUCAUCAGUCUCCGCGCUGGCGGUGUGGGGCUGAACUUGACAUCUGCGAAAAGAGUGUAUAUGAUGGAUCCUUGGUGGAGUUUUGCGGUUGAGGCUCAGGCGAUCGAUCGUGUGCAUCGUAUGGGUCAAGAUGAGGAGGUUAAGGUGUACCGCUUCAUCGUCAAGGGGAGCGUGGAGGAGAGGAUGCUUCGGGUACAAGACCGGAAGAAGUUUAUUGCUACGUCUCUAGGAAUGAUGAGCGACGAGGAGAAGAAGCUUGCACGAAUCGAGGACAUCAAGGAGCUUCUCAGCUAA